GGGCAUGACUCGCCCGUCACCACCCUCGUUGUCUCCCCAGACGGGCGGUUAGUAGCAACAGCCUCCACAGAUUCCACCAUCAUCCUCUGGGAUGCCCGAGAUGCAUGUAUCUCGCAAGAAUGGUUCACCCGACAUGGGGAGGUCUGGUGUCUUGCAUUCUCGCCGGAUGGCCGACGCCUCGCAUCUGCAGGUGAAGACGGGAAGGUGGCAAUCUGGGACAUCAGCGGCAGCUCACACCAGGUCGCCGUCCUCGAAGGUCACCCUGCUACUGUCUUUGGCUGCGCGUGGUCCAGCGACGGUGCUUACAUGGCGUCCCGAGAAGGCAGCGGCGCUACACGGGUCUGGGACGGACGAACAUGCCGCCCGCGACUAUUCGAUGGCGCCAACUACAAGUACACGAAUGUCGAGCCUCUAUUCUCCCCUGACGGCCGCUGGCUUCUGGCCCACAAUUGGAGCGGCUGUGGGGUUUGGGACGUUGGAUCUGGUGCACACCUCGCACUCCAAUUCAAUGACGAUGGCGAUCAUGGGGCCAGUGCAGCCGCAUUCAGCCCUGAGAAUGCAUACGUCGCUGUUGGAUACAACAGUGGGACGAUCCGCAUCUGGGACAUGGCGACUAGGCAGGCGCAUCUGCACCUGAACGCGCACACGUAUCGAAUCCACGAUGUCGCGUUUUCUCCGGAUGGUCGGCUGCUGCUCUCGGUCUCGAACGACAAGACAGUGAAGAUAUGGGACGCACACACUGGUGCCAUGGUCCAGUCGCUUGAAGGACACGAGAAACUGGUGUGGAAGGCGUGCUUUUCCCCGUGCGGGAAGUAUGUCGGCUCUGCGUCUGGUGACAAGACGGUGAGGGUGUGGAGGACGAGUGAUGGAUCAUGCUUAGCCACUCUGCCCGACCACGGCGACAAAGUCCGGCACGUCGCGUUCACCUCCGACGGCACAAUGUUGUGGUCUGCAGCGGACAAUGGAACUGUUUUG